AUGGACAGCGACGACAGGUCAGACGGCGAGCAGAGACAGCAGUGGGAUGAGUCCGAGCUGGGUGCACCCGGGGUGGCUGCGUCGACGCCGUCGUUUGAGGCGUAUUUUUUGCAGGCGUCGUCGCGGUCUGCGACGUCCUCCAACGUGUUCUCGUCGCGCGUCCUGCCCCUUAGCGCAGACGAGUACGCGGCGGCCAUCGCAGCGUACAAGGCACGCCCACAGGGCCAGACGGUGCAGACGCGAUGGACCGGCCCAUGGGACGAGGCCACCGCGUUUCGUCGGUACGCACGGGAGCUCGCCGAGGGCUUCAACCUGCUCUUCUAUGGCUUCGGUUCCAAGAGGGCCAUCCUAAACAAGCUUGCGACGGAAUGCCUUGCCAAGAAAGGCCACGUCGUCGUCGUGAACGGUUUCCAACCAAAUACCACGCUCAAGGAUAUCCUAGCCUCCAUCGAGCGCGUGCCCGGUGUGCUGUCCCACUCUUCGUCGCUCCCUCUUUCAGCGGAACAACUGCGCUCCCAAAAAAUCAGAAACUUUCUCUCGCUCCUUGCACUCAACCCCAACGUACAUCUGGUAGCCUCCAUCGAUAGGCUGAAUGCCCCCCUACUUUGGUCGGCGUCUGAUGUCAGUUCUCGAAAGUCUCCCGCGCAUAAUCCCGGAGAUAUGAAGAGCAGUGUGCUGAGACGCGGUUACGCAUGGCUGUGGCACGACCUCACCACUUUGUCACCUUACGACUUCGAACUCACUACUGGCACUCGGACUGCACGUCAAGGCAUCACAGCAGGAGGCAACGCGUCUGGUGGUCCGCUCUCUGAGACUGCAGUAGCGCACGUCCUUGCAGCCGUUACUGCCAAAGCAAAAAAACUCUUCGCCUUCCUUGCCGCGAAACAGUUGGAGAACAUCGAGACUGCACCCGCAGAAAAUGCUACCGACCUCCAACAGUACGGUCUCACAUACGACACCCUUUUCUCUGCUGCCCGAGCCGAAUUCAUCGCAACUAAUGAUACCACUCUGAGAUCACUCCUUGGAGAAUUCAUGGAUCAUGGUUUAAUCCUUUCAGUAAAUCAGGGCGGAUCAGGCGGUGGUGAAACACUCUGGAUCCCCUUGCGCAAAGAACGCAUUGCAAAAAUUCUGCAAUCCGUAAACGAAGAAUAA